GAUUGUAGAUAGACCACAACGUCCCACUAGAUAUCCUAUUUUUUUCCAAAAGAUGUCUGUUCUGAACAGUCUUGUGCCGCGUUCUGGUCUGUUUGUCAUCGUCACAUGGAGUGCUACUGAAAUUUUGGCCCCAGUUGUAAAGGAUUUCAAUAGCCUGUUGUGGGAGCAACCCAUAGUUGAAGGAUCAGAUUCACACUUUUCAUCUCCAGAUCAUGAGCUCGUUCCGGCAUUGGCGAGCAACACCUUCAUAACUGUUGCUCCACUCGAGUUAGAUAAGCAAUAUAAACCUAUGCAUGAUCAGUUGUCUUUACCGUCCGACCCGCUCCUUAACGAACCAGCACCUCUGGCUCUCACUUCCUCUCCAUCCUUGACGUUAGCGCAUAUGCUACUCGGGUCUCAAAUAGGUGAGAUUGCACAUAAUCACCAAUAUAUCCAAAAUUGCAAUUUACCAUCAAUCCCCCACCUGGUCGAACUUGAAAACUUAGCUCCCAUCCCCCCUCCAUCCUCGACGUUGGUCGACGUGCUGAUGGGAUCUGAGAAAUGUGGAAUGGAAAAUGAUCACCAAUACGCUCACGGAUAUGUACCACCAGUCACACUCCUUGCAGAACCUGUAAAUUUAGCUCCCACUUCCCUUUCAUCCUCUAAGUUAGGAGAAGUGUUACUGGAAUCUGAAACAGGUGGGCUUGCAUAUAAUCACCAAUAUGCUCAAAGAAACCUUCAACCCUUCCCAUCCCAUGCCCAAGAUCCUUCAACUAUUGGACAUGCUCAAGAUUAUUCAAUUGAUGGACACAGUGAAUAUCCUUUGAUUGUUCGACAUGCUCAAUAUUCUUCAAUUAUUGGACAUGUUCCAGGUCCUUCAAUUUUUGGACAUCCUCAAAAUACUUGGAUUGCUGGACAUAGUCCAGAUCCUUCAAUUUUUGGACAUGCUCUGGCUCCUUCAAUUCUUGAAUAUGCUCAAGAUUAUCCAAUUUUUGGACAUGCUCAAGAUCUUUCAACUGUUGGACAUGCUCAAGAUCCUUCAAUUUUUGAACAUUUUCAAGAUGCUUUGGAUGUUGAACAUACUCAAGAUUCUGGAAUCAUCCACUAUCCUUUAGUUGUUGGAGAUGUUCAAGAUCCUUCCAUUGUUGUGCCUGCUCAAGAUCAUUUCAUUGCUGCACAUGCUCAAGAUUCAUCAAUCAUGGGACAACCUCAUUAUGCCUCAAUUACUGGAGGUGCUCCAGAUACCUCAAUUCUUGGGCAUGCUCAGCAUCCUUCAAAUGUUGGACAUGCUCAACUGCACACUUCAACUGUUGGAAACUUUCAAGAUCCUUCAAAUAUUGAGGAUUUUCAAGAUCCUUCAAUCAUUGGUCACAAACCUUCAAAGGCCAUCAAAGAGAAUUUGAUUGAGAAUCCAACAGACCCAAAUUUCCAGAAGAUCAUGAAGUUCUUUGAUCUAUUACAAUCCUCAUUAGCAUACCAACAAAGAAUAGCAGAUGAUGAUCCAAAAGUAGUCAUCCAAAUUUACCAGUAG